GAUGAUGUUGUUAAUGAUGAUGGUGGUGGUGGUGGUGGUUGUGAUGAUGAUGAUGAUGAGGAGGAGGAGGAGGAGGAGGAUGAAGAUGAAGAUGAGGAUGAGGAUGAGGAUGAUGAUGGAGGUGGUGGUGGUGGUGGUAGUGGCGAUGACUGUGACUACAUAAAAUGA